AUGGCAACAAUGUCCGUGGACUUUUCUAGUAAACUAGAGUCCUUAGUUAAUAAUGCUGUAAAAAAAGUUCAAGAUAACCCAAUCAAAAAAGUUUUUUUUGUUCUUGGGAAUGAGUCUGCUGAUUUAGAUUCCAUUGUGGGAUCAAUAUCUUAUGCAUAUCUAAGUACUCAGUUUUGCCCUCUGAAUACUGUAUACCUUCCAAUUAUUCAAAUUCCAAGAUUUGAUCUUUCAUUACGUCCAGAAUGCAAUUUUAUUUUUCAGAAAUGUGAAAUUUCUACUGCCUCUUUAAUCUUUCUGGAUGAAAUUUCCGAUCAUCUUUAUAUUAUUUCAAAAUCAUAUAGUCUUAGCUUAGUCCUCCUUGAUCAUAAUAAAUUAAUAGGAAUCUGGAACCAGUUUGCAGAUAAAGUUGAUACAAUUUUAGACCAUCAUCAAGAUGAAGGUCUGUACCUUAAUAUUAAGGAACGAUAUAUCGAAGGAGUUGGAUCUGCUACUUCAUUAGUAGUUUUGAAAUUUAAAGAUAAAUGGGAAAAUAAUUUAAAUGAUAAUAAACAAAUUGAUAAAGAUACGCAAAAUUGGGAUAAAAUAAUUGCUAAUUUAUUAUUAUCUGCAAUUUUGGUUGAUACUGUUCUGUUAGACUUCUCACAAGGCAGAACAACUCAAAAAGAUCAAGAUGCUGUAGAUUUUUUGCUAGAUAUAUUACACCCUUCAGAUCCAAAAACAUUUAUUAAAGAUUAUUAUAAUGAGAUUCAAAAUGCUAAAUUUAACAUCUCUCAUCUUUCAAAUUUUGAUUUGUUACAAAAAGAUUAUAAAGAAUAUAAUUUAGAAUGGAACAUAAAAAAUGAAACAAAAAUUUGUGUUAUGGGAAUUAGUAGUGUAGUAUGGAUAUUAAAAGAUUGGAUUCUUCGUGAAGAUGGUGUUGAGAAGUUUAUGGAAACAGUUGGAAAUUAUAUUCAAGAAAAAAACUUAGAUUUGGAAAUUAUCAUGUUAGCAUUUGAUCAUAAAGGUGACCUGGGAUUUAAAAGAGAAAUGGUAAUUUAUUCAAAGAAAGGACCAUUUUGUCAAAAAGAAGUUUUAGAAAGAUUUGAAGAGAUUAUUGGAUUAAAUGAAAUUAAAGAUUUUAGAAAUGUAAACAGUGAUAGAGAAAAAGAGGAAAGUAUAAUUAAAUGUUACGAACAAAAAAAUAUUUCAAUGUCAAGAAAAAAGGUUUAUCCCAUUAUUAAAAACAUGUUUUUAGAAGCUUAG